UUGACCGGAAGUUUCCCGUCUUCUCAUUAAAGUAUUCUGACAGUGGUGCGUCCAGGCGGCGGAGGCACACACAAAGAAAGAUGGUUUUACAUGGAAACAUGAAAGCUUUACUCUGUGUUCCUGCUGGCCCCCAAGGCUCGGUAUGUCGGAUGAAGAUUCCCGUGCCAGCACAAGCUCUUCCUCCUCUUCAUCUUCCAUUCAUCAUCAGCAGCAGCAGCAGGAAGUAAACCCCUCAAAGAAGCGAGAGAGCAAAGUCAGCAUGAGCAAGACCUCCAAGCUUCUGUCUACCAGUGCUAAAAGAAUUCAAAAGGAACUGGCUGACAUUACACUGGAUCCUCCUCCGAACUGCAGUGCCGGCCCUAAAGGAGACAACAUCUAUGAGUGGCGGUCCACCAUCCUGGGCCCCCCGGGCUCCGUGUAUGAGGGAGGAGUGUUCUUCCUGGACAUCGCCUUCACACCAGACUACCCCUUCAAGCCCCCCAAGGUGACGUUCCGCACCAGGAUCUACCACUGCAACAUCAACAGCCAGGGUGUGAUCUGCCUGGACAUCCUGAAGGACAACUGGAGUCCUGCCCUCACCAUCUCCAAGGUCCUGCUGUCCAUCUGCUCCCUGCUCACCGACUGCAACCCUGCGGACCCCCUGGUGGGAAGCAUCGCCACACAGUACACCACAAACAGACCAGAACACGACAGGAUAGCCAAACAGUGGACCAAACGCUACGCCACAUGAUCAGCAGAGCGGCCGCUGCUGGGACAACUGGGGGGUUGGGCGGGCGGGGGGGGGUUGAUUUGUAGCAAAGCCCAACUGUAACCCCAUGUUGUAGCCUGAGCUCCAGGAUGGCUGCUUCCUGGAGUCGCCAUGACUACCAGUCAGAUGUUUGGUGUUUGCUUCUCCUCCAGAACAUGAAGUUGAUUCACUCAUGUAGACAUGUUUAGGUGUGGAUGGAUGUUGGUUGUGAUUUGUGUUCGGACUGUUCUGUUUCUCCCUGUGAAAGAAUUAAACAAAACCAAGAA